AUGUUCCAGAGCCUCCUCAGAAGUGUGUGGGUCCCCCUGAAGCCCUACUACACGCAGGUGUACCAGGAGAUCUGGGUGGGCAUGGGGCUGAUGGGCCUCAUCGUGUACAAGAUCCGGAGUGCGGACAAAAGAGCUAAAGCUCUGAAAGGUUCGAGUCCCGCGCCUGCUCAUGGUCAUCACUAG